AACAAUACCAAAAUUCAUUGAAAUGCCAACUAAACGACGUAGAUUAUCAGCCAAAUUUAUAUCUAAUUUUUAAAUUUAUUUUGCAAUAGUGUCGAAGAAUUGGAUUUUGAUCUUGAGGAUCCAUUGAAAUAUGGUUAUUUUGAAAUUGAAUUAUUCGAGAAUGAAGAAUCUGAAGAUUCAAACGACAACAUGUUUGCAUUUGCAUCGAUGUGCUUCGAUGUACAAGAUAGUUGGGAAGAAUCAUCCGAUUAUGAUCAUGAUAACAAGUAUAACCAUCUUAUAUUAACUGCUAAUAAACAAUGUUAUCUACUUGAAUCAAAUGGUUCGAAACAAAUCCUUCAUCGAUUGAUCAAUAGCCAAGAGUUGAAUGUUCCAGAUGAUUUCCAUCGAUAUUUCACCCAUCACAUGGCUAAAAGUCGUCAAUUUUGCCGGGUAAAAGCAAUCCGCCAUUCAAAUACGAGUUUUGUGAUUAAUUGGUACCUAUCAUUGAAAAUUGUAUUCACCGAAAUGGCCACGUUGGAGGUUGCAAUGGCAACAAGCAAGAAUGACUUGACAAUUGCAUUGAUGGCAUUCACACGUGGCAAUCAGUUAUUCGAGUCAAAUUCGCGCCAUGAAUUUGGUAACAAUACAGAGAUUGAAAAUUUCUAUCAGACCAUUGCUCAUAGGCAAAAAAGUGAUCCUUGUUAUGAAUUCGAAACAUUUGUGAUUGAUAGUAAAAAUUUAAGACCCAAACUAUGGCGACAUCAACAAAUGGCCCUAAAAUGGAUGUUGAUGCGUGAAACGUCGAAAGAAAAUGUCAACUUUGAUUUGGACAUUCGAUUUGAAAAAAUAUUCAAUGUCAAAAGUGGUGAGAAUUUGUACUUUCAUUCAACAAUGGGUCAUUUUCUCACUGAAAAAGUGUACCAUGAAUAUCUUAAUCAUUUGAAACAAUCACCAACCAAAGGUGGUAUAUUGGCCGAUGAAAUGGGCCUGGGCAAAACGGUCGAUGUAAUAGGAUUGAUACUGAAUAAUCCGAAGCCAACAUCGAACACGGAUAAUAUGAAUUUUCUAUUGACCGAACAGAAUCUUUUUCAACGAUCGAAAAAUCCAUUAACUGGUGAAGUUCGUUGCCAUUGUGGUAUACUCAAUCGUAACUCAUCUGUUCAAAUGGAAGCCAUCAACUUGGAACAAUUACGUGACCAAUGUCUUCGACAACAAUAUCAUCUUAUUGACAAUCUAAUCCAAUGUCUAAUGUGUGGCAAUUAUCAACAUCUUGAAUGUAGUUGUUAUCCUAUCGAACAAUCGCAACAAUUCGGUUAUGUUUGUAGCCAUUGUUGGCCACAUAUCGAUCCGAUCGAUUCACCCGCUACAUUAAUAGUCUGUCCGACAUCGAUUCUAAGUCAAUGGAUCAAAGAACUAAGUAUACAUAUUAAUAAACCAGAUGUAAAGAUAUUAAAAUAUAACGGUGUCAAAUGUAAAGAUUAUAAAUUUCCACCUGAAUUGGCCAAUAACGAUAUUGUCAUCACUACCUAUGAGAUUCUUAAAUCGGAAUUGGAUUUUGUCGCUCCUCAUGACUAUAGCCAUCUACGUAAUAGCCGUCGUUAUUAUACGCCGGUAUCGCCAUUAUGUUCAAUACGUUGGUGGCGUUUGGUGUUUGAUGAAGCACAGCUGGUGGAAGGUCGUACAACACGAACAUUUCGUAUGGCCAAAUCAUUACAUUCCGUACAUCGAUGGACAGUGACCGGUACACCGAUCCAACGUAACAUUGAAGAUCUAUUUGGCCUAAUAAAUUUCAUCGGUGAACGACCGUACAAUGAGGAAGUCGUUUGGAAGAAUGACCUCUACAAUCCUUUCUGUCAUGAUGAACGUGAUACUUUGAUAAAUGUGAUGGCAAGAUGUUUUUGGCGUACUUCGAAAGCAUCAGUGUUUGAUGAGAUUCGCAUAUCAAAACCGAUUAUCGUAAUGGAGCCAUGUAAUCUAUCACAGAUUGAACGUGAUUUUUACCUGCAAGAGGCCUCGAAUUGUCAGCAAUCAAUGAUGGCCAAAUUGGCCAAAACAUCUAGUGAAAUGAAAAUAUCACAUCUCGGCAGUACAGUACAAUCUGUCAUAUUUAAUUUGGCAUUACGUCUACGACAAAUCUGUUGCCAUCCACAAAUGUGUUUGAAAGUGAAACUUGGUGAUUAUUGUUCAAUACAGGACGUUCUGGUUAAAAUGAUUGAUGAUGCCAAAUAUGAUUGUGAGAAAAACCACCGAGAAAAAAUAGCAUCGAUUAAUGGAAUGGCUGCAUGUUAUCUACUACAGAACGAUUUCAAGACGGCUAUCAAUAUGUACAAGGAAGCUCUUGCAUCUAUCAACAAUGUUGGUGAUGAUAUUCGUACGGAUAAAACACAAACAUAUCAUAUCUACUACAAUCUAUCUCAAAUACUUGAGUUUGUCGGUUGCACACAAAUCGAUUCAAACGAACAGCCAAUGGACCCAUUCAAUGGAUCGCAAGCUAUUUUGGCUCCAGGGGAUUCAAAACCAUGUUUGCCAUCAAGCGACGAAUUGUCAUUAGAACCAGAUGAUCGGUAUCUUCGAUUAAAAGCUAAACAAUUGUAUCAGAACUAUCUGAAUUCAGCUCAACUUUCCUUGUUGACAGCUGAUCGAUAUCGACGUGAAUUAAUCAACAAAUGUGAUCAACUUAAACAGAAAUUUACUUUGAAAGGCUGGUGGCUGGUUUAUGCUUUACAAGAACUAAGUCAAGUGAUGAACGUAAACGAAAUGAUAGUAUCAUUAUUAGAGAUUCUAUCUGAUCGCCGUCAGCUGAUCGAUCCGAUUGGACCAAGAUCCAUCGAAUCCAUUCGAUGGCAAUUGUGUGAAUAUCUGAAUUCAUUCGAAGAAGUUCGUCAACAAAUUCGUGAUGCAUUCACAAGAUUGGACCAUGAAUCAUUGAGCGGUAAUCCUGAUCGAUAUAUUGAUUGUCACAUUAGACCACCACCCGUACAAUCGAAACCAGAUAGACAGGAACGAUGUAAUCUAUGCAAAACAGAAAGUGUGAUAAAAAAUUUCGAGAAAAUCAUCUUUCAAUUCAACCAAUCCAUAUCGAUCAAUACGGAAGGGGAAGAUGAAAAUGAAGCAGAUAAUUGGAACGAAAAUCUAUGUCUAGUGGCCAUACGUAAAGUUGGCAUUUGGUUCAAGAGUCGAACUGUUGGAUCAGCACGUGACUAUGGCGUAACAGUGGCCGAUAUUGACAAUUUUAGUCAGUACAUUGAUGAAUGUAAAAAAGAGUAUAAAGCACAUCGAAAAUGUUGGCGAGAAGCAUCCGAACUUGUGUUACGAAUAGAUGAAUUGAAUCAAGCACAAACUCGUUAUGAACAUGGUGUCGAUUCAUUGUCAUUGUUUCAUCGUGAUUCAUCAGCCAAAGAAAUGGCCGAAGAGAAACUUUGUAGUAAUCAACAACGACUGAAAUAUCUGAACAAUUUGAAAAACACGCUAAAAGAUAAGGAUAGUAUCGAUAGUAAAGUAUGCUCAGUAUGUUGGUCUGAUUUGAUCCGAUAUUCUGUGUUGACAUGUGGACACUUGUUAUGUAUUGAAUGUAUGCGAAAUAUAAGUAAACAUUCUGAAAUUUUAUCCCGAUGUCCAGUUUGCCGAUCACCAUUUGAUCAUUCAAAGAUAUGUUUUGUCGACUCAAACUUAUUAGUCAAUAAAUCAUCAGUGAUGGUUGAAGGAAAUUGGUCAUCGAAAAUAGUGGCCAUUAUUCGUUGCGUGAAACGGAUUCAUCAAGAAUCGAAUGAUGAAAAGAUACUCAUAUUCUCUACAUGGUUAAGAAUGCUUCAAUUGAUGGAAAAAGCCCUACAAAAGAAUCAUGUUGAAUCUAUACUGAUUUCUGGUUCUGGUGAUGAUAAAUUUGCUGCCAAAAUUGAUCAAUUUCGACAAUCUGAUUCAUGUCGUGUAUUAUUGUUGCCUACUCGAUUCGCAUGCAAAGGUCUUAAUCUUACCGAAGCAUCUCGGGUAAUGUUUGUCAAUCCAAUACUGAACAAACGGGAUGAACUACAAGCAAUUGGCCGUGUCAAUCGAAUUGGACAAACUAGGCAAACCUAUGUUCAUAAAUUUAUCAUCAAAGACAGUAUUGAAGAAUUGAUUGAAAAUUAUAACAAAGAUUGUAAUUAUCGUUCAAAUUUUACAAAUGGUGAAUUUACCGAUUUAACUGUACGGGAAUUUUGUGCUCUAUUCAAUGUCUAUAAAGCUUAAUCUCUAAAUUAAGUUUUUAUAAGUGUGUAUCGGUAUGUCUCACGAUAUUAAAUCUUUUCAAGUGUGUAAUACGGAUCGACAUUGAGAAGCAAUUAAUAAUGAUCGUGAUUGAAAUACCAUACCAUUCUAUUUUACAUCGAUAAUCAUUAGGAUAAUCAAUUAUCGGAAUUUGAAUCCUCGCAAGACGGAAACACUUGGUUUUAAAAUCUCAUCUAAUAUCUAAUCUAAAUAAAUACUUGACUACCACUA